AUGUUGACUUCGUCUCCGAUAGCCCCCCGGUCCACGAGCGCUUCACCCCGUACUUUUCACUACCAUGCGCCUCAUAAUCUAUCACCCCACCUCUCACCAAAGGUCACGGCCAACUUGCCGCGACGCCAUUCCAAGCACUCAGUAGUGCCCUACCAGCACCAGCAUCAGCAACAACAGCAACCCGCCGCUCUGGGUUCUUCGCUCAAGUCGCCGCCGCAGUCGCAAUUGCAGCACUGUAGGCCGAAACAAUAUGUUGGCGUCGAUGCCGCCACUCAGUAUUCACCGAUGGAGCCGUUCGACCCAACGGUGCCCGUGCAAAACGCCAGACCGCCGCCGCUCUCCGAAGCCCUGCCCUCAUCUUCCGCGGCCGCGGCGAACUCUGCUACCAUAGCAACAGCAACAGCACACUCAACCACCGCGGCGCCAUCGACAUAUGUACAAUCACAGUCCGCAACGCCCAAGGAUCCUCCCGAGCCAAAUCUGUCUCCCAAAAGACCCGACCAUGUGACUUCGGGCGCAAACCCUCUAUCACCCGCAAAAAGGCGCAACUCGCAAGACCUGGCUCAGGCCACCCCCGAGCCCGGCUCCAGCAGUGCUGCCGCCAUUUCCAAAAAUGGCAAAUCAAAAUCGUCGCCAAAACGCUCUCGAACCGACCAAGGUCCAGCGAAACUGCUACCCCUUAAGUAUGAGUUUUGCGAUGUCGAAGACAUGGUGGUCCUCAUCGCAAACAUGCUGUCGGAGCUCAUCGAGACCAACGAUUCUCUAGCAAUGAAGAGUGGGCACUUAACCAGAUUCCAUUCCAGGACGGCGCCAGGAAUUUCAGUGUUGGAUUAUCUACAUAGACUUGCUAAGCACGCCACUCUUACGCCUCCGCUCCUUCUCUCCAUGGUAUAUUACAUCGACCGUCUCUGCGCCUUGUACCCGGACUUUACCAUCAACACGCUUACAGUGCACCGGUUCUUGAUUACGGCGGCUACGGUGGCGGGCAAGGGUCUCUCUGACAGCUUUUGGAAUAACUCGUUCUAUGCCCGUGUCGGCGGAGUUAAAAUUGCGGAGCUGAAGCUUCUCGAACUCGAAUUUCUCUAUCGUGUUGACUGGAAGAUAAUACCCAACCCAGAGGUACUUGUGGCAUAUUACAAGGGACUUGUCGAGCGCUGUGACGGAUAUACCCUGCAAAAGGAUGAAGCCUCGAGUGAUGAUGGCGGCAGUUCUGAGGCCUUUGAGGACAGCGACGAUAUUGGACAAAGCGACGAGAAUGAGGAAAGCAAGGCGUGA